GUGCUGAUAACCGGCGCCAAUUCAGGCGUGGGGUACACGGCGGCGAAACAGAUCGCCGCGCAGGGCAAGACAGUCGUUAUCGCGUGCAGAAGCGUGCAUAAGGCUGAGCAAGCGGCUCGAGAGUUGAAGGAAGACGUCGGCGCGAACGCGAAGGUGGUGACGCUGCCAGUCGGUUUGGAACUCACGGAUUUGGCGAGCGUGCGCGAGUAUGCGCUCGCGUUUUUAGAUCGUUCGGAUUUGGCACUCGAGGCAUUGGUGUGUAACGCCGGGAUCAUGGCGGCGCCGUUGGAGCGCACCACGCAAGGACACGAAUUGCACUUCGGUAUUAACCAUUUGGGACAUUUUUUACUCGCCGACGCGCUGACGCCGGCGUUGAGAGAAACCAAAGGGCGCGUCGUGAGCGUAUCGAGUUUGCUCUCGAUGAUUGGCGAUUUCGCGUUGGACUUAGACGACUUAGAUUGGAACAGACGCGAGUACGACCCUUGGUACGCGUACGGUGCGUCGAAGGCGCAAAACGUCUUGUUCGCCGACGAAUUCGCUCGCCGCGAAGGCAAGAAUGGUAUCGUGGCGAACAGUUUGCACCCAGGAAUCGUAACGACCAAUUUAGUCCGUUAUUCG